AUGACAUCCGUACAGAACAGCAACAAGCCGGAAGUGGUGAUAAAUAUGUCUAAAGAGGCAGGACCUCCGGUACUUUCAGGCACCACAAGUUCCUCGAAUCAGUCACCCAAGGCCCGGAGGAGGGGUCGAGGUGGACCUUCUUCUCAGAGGCAAAGCCCUCCAGAGGACACCGCCGCCGAGUCCGGCGGAGAUGAAAGCCGUGAUCACCAUGGAUCAGAUCCUGACUACGAAGAUACCUGUUCUGAAGGGAGUCAGAUGUCCACUCGAUCUAAGAAAAAGCGCUCGACCAGAGGCCCCGUGUCCCCUAAGAAACCGGCCACAGUUGGUACGAAGAACACGAAACCAAGUGGGAGACUGGAUCAACCACCGAAUGGAAUUGAUAGCGCCCAGUCCGCGAAGGCCAAACGGAGCAGGAAGCUUGCAGAUAAAGACGGCAAAGACAAAUCUACCGACGAGUGGAAGAAGGAGCUACAGGCGAGCAGAACAGCGCAUCGCCGGUUGGAAAAGCAAAUCAAGAGGUGCGAAGAGGAAUUGGAAUCAGCACGUAAAGAAGCCGAAGAGCAGAGAAUAAAGGCAGACCGGUUCCGCCAGGACCAUCUAAAGCUUCUAUCUAAGGACAAAGUCGAGGUGGAAUCCAAUACAAAAAUCGACACCAAGUGCGAUAUCAUAUUCCACAACAAGAGCUUUUGUAAAGCGUGGGCGAUCCCAAACUGGACAGAUGUUAACCUGACCACGUUAAGGGAGGCAUUCUCGAAACUAUCGAGCGGAAAGUCCAAGCCUUUCGCCACUACGGCUUUAUUACGAGCUGCCGAGCAGGAGAGGAUACCGUCUUGGGUGGUCUUGAAUGCAUAUCUAAAUAGGGCACUCUGCGCUGAGACAUUUGCAAGACCCUUUGCACACCUGAGGUUGGGGCCGGCUAAGGAGGAUAAUGGAAAAUCCGAAAGCCUGUUGAAUCGGAUUAUGGAGAGGGCUCAAGAGAAAUCCCCGGACACCAAGCAUAAGCUAAGGGUGACCAUUCUCCGCGCCAUCGACCCCCCUCUUGUAGAGGGUGGUCAGAUGACCAGCUCUACGACACAGCAAGAGAUGCCAGUUGAAAGAGUAGAGCGGUGUAAGGAGAUCGUCUCGCAUAUUAUCACAGAAGUUAGUGUGCUCCUCAAGGACAUCACCAAUGAGGAACAAAAUGGAAGAGAGAACCAGCUGCUUCAUAUUGUCGAGAGUGCAAUGGAAUUGUCUCACACCACCAGUGUGCAAUAUCCGAACGUCCAAUUCUACUUCCUAGACAACUUGAAGAAGCCAGAAUUCGAAUUGGAGAAGUUCUGGUUCAAGCCACAUGAUGUUCUCAAGAUUACUACAGACGAGGAAGCCCAGGCUCUUGUGGGUGAGCCGAUUGAUCUCGUUGUGGCCCCAGCGGUUGUUAGAUACGGUGAUAAAGAUGGUGAGAACUACAAGAGAGGGCAGCUCGUAUUCCAAGGGUCGGCCUGGAUAGCGAGUGCUGAACUAGCUUUACGGAACAUUGCCGAUGCUCAAUCGACGGAGCUACUUUCCCGCGAAGAAGAAGAGGGGAAGAUCUCCGGAAGCAGACGGCGGACUGAACUCAUUGAACAGACGCCGGAAAACCCAGUAUCCCAGGCCACUCAACCCAAGAAAGAAGACAUCGAGAAGGAGCUAUCUCCAGAUGCUUCAAAAAUACCUUACAAGCUCCGUACUCAAAGACGACCUACAAGGAAGAAGGCGGAGACGGAAGCAGGUAGAAUUCAACAGGAUGGGCUCUCUGAACGCAGCCAGGGUAUUGUUAAUGAUCCUGAAGAGCCAACAUCUACACCGAGCCCUCGAGGUCUACUGAGAACUUCCGCGCCACGGCCGCCCUUGGACCACGACGCUGAGCCGGUCGAGUUAGCCGAAGGCCCCAGUACGCAUCCUUCUGAGAGCAAGGAUGAAGACCAGCAGCAGCAAGUUUCAACCAUGAGAUCGAGGGACUUAGCUGCUUGCCUUGAACAUGGGCCUUCUAAAUCAUCUCCAAAAGGAGGUCAUCACUCGAGGUUUGACAGCCCUCCCAAAAGAGAACGCAAACAAGCGAGGAAGAAAACCGGUGCGCAAACCUCUCAAGGAGAGAGGACAACAAAGAGGAAAACUGGAAAUGCAGAGGUGAACUCCGAAGGGAUCGACGAUUUGCAGGCCAAACAAGCAGCUGCACAUGCGCGUCCGUCGCCAUGUAGAUCCUUGUCAACGCCCACUUCUACCUCGGGGGCAGAGGCAGGAGCACCUUCGAGUCAAGGACAUCCGAAAGAGCGUUGCAAAAAACGUAAAGCGUCUUCCGCUGAACCCGAAAAGAGAGUUGAAAAGGCGGAGUGUGACGAGUAUGACCAACCCUUGAAAAAACAGGCAAGUUGCUCGAUCUAG